GCAGAAUUAGCCUCUGGAAUCUUGUGCACUUGUUUCCUUCAAUCCAAGGAAGGGGGUGAAGGAAUAAAAGGAAUACACAAGAAAAAUACAGACAGAUCCAGAGCGGAAUAACGAGGAAUCUGAAGAGAGAAGGAUACGUGGAGAAAAAGGAAGAUGAGAAAGAUAAAAAGGCAGAUGCUUGCUGUUUGAUGCAGCAACACUGUGGGCAUGUGGCUGCCUGCGCCAAGCGUUUCCCUCUCCAUUAUCCAGCUGAUUGGUGGAAGCUCUGUACUCAUGUCGCUCAGUGCUACUUGAUUUAUCUCUACACGAUAACGUCAAAAUACUUUCUCUAUCCCACUCAGAGAAGACUGUAUAUCUAUGUAACUAUAUGCUGGCAGACAUACUGACCUCUAGACUUUCCUGGACAAAGAAUCUGGAUCUCUUUGAGCACUGUGAAGAACAGUCAACCAAUGUGGGGCUCAGGAAGUGUACACCGACCAGGGCCGGUCCCUGCCUUCCUCAGGAGUCCACCUGUCAUCCCAUCCCCAUUGGACAUGAAGCCCUUCCUCCAGUUCCCCCUGGAGUCCCCUCAUCCAGCCAGCAUCGGCCUCUUCCACAACUUCACUACAAUGGAUCCUGUCCAGAAGGCUGUGAUGACGCACACCUUUGGGCCACCUAUUAUGAAGACAAAGAGGCCCAUAAUCACCUGCAAUGUCUGUCAAAUACGCUUCAACUCAGAGAGCCAGGCAGAGGCCCAUUAUAAGGGAAAUCGCCAUGCCCGAAGGGUGAAAGGCAUCGAGACAUCCAAGACAACACGUUCCCAAGAUGGAGAUAAACAGCACCCUCCUGCUCCGAUGUCACCAUCCCCAUCAGGCCAGUCGCCAUCCAGCCCCAAACCUGAUCCUAAUUAUCAUAAGCAGGAUGACACUCAAUCCUGUCCCAACUUGAAAGAGUCACCCCUGACUCCUAACUAUCUUCCAACACCCACACUAAGCUCGGCAGACUCAGGGUGCCCCCCCUUGCCAGCUGUCAGCACUCCUUUGCCCUCCUCUCCCUCCCCCUCUGCAGCCCUCAAUGCCUCCUCUGUGGAUCCAGGAUUGGCUGUUCUCCCUGAGACCCCGUCCCCGACAACAAGCCCGUCUUCAGGAGACCUGGAAGAAGAGAAAGCCAAGAAGCUUCUCUACUGCUCCCUCUGCAAAGUAGCUGUUAAUUCCCUAUCACAGCUGGAGGCACAUAACAAAGGUACCAAACACAAAACUAUAAUGGAGGCUAGAAGUGGACUGGGACCCAUUAAAGCGUACCCACGCUUGGGUCUUAAACCCAGCUCUGAGCAGGGGGGGGAGCUGUCUUCAGACCCGAACACUCAGGAACGCACCUUCCACUGUGAGAUAUGCAACGUCAGAGUCAACUCUGAGCUGCAGCUUAAACAGCAUAUAUCAAGCAGAAGGCAUCGGGAUGGGGUUGCAGGAAAACCUAAUCCUCUGCUCAAUCGGCACAAGAAGCGCACAGACUUUAUGGAAUUUCCCAAAACUCUGGGGGCUGGACUUUUACCAAAUCCUCUGGCUGUUGCCGCAGCGAUGGCUGCAGCAUCAUCAAAUCAGCUGGCACUCCGUCCUCAUGGCCCAACAUCCCAUCCUCACCCCCAUCACCACAUCCUGCAGGGAACACCCCUCAGCCUGCUGAGGCCAGCUCCUGGUCCCAUCCGCACUACACAUGGGCCAAUCCUCUUCACUCCUUACUAGCAACGAGGAAACUUCGCAGGAAUCGGGAAGAAGCACACUGUGAAUUGGAGGCAGCCAUUCACCACUGAGAGCCAAAUUAGCUGGUCUGGUUGGAACUGCUAUUUCAUUAUGAGAAACCACGAAUAUUAUUCGUCACUGUGUAGAGAUGUUUCGUCCUCUCUGGUUCCCCUUUGUGAUUUACCCGUCAGUGAGUGAACAGCAUGUAUGUGAAGAUAGUUUGAAGAGGAACCUGUAGACAAAUUUCUAGCAGUCACUUCAAGCAUCAUCCCGUAUCCAGCUAAAUGCCACCUACUGUAUCACCUGAUCCACUGCUUCAGACUAAAAAUCCUACCUCUCUUUUAUUUUAAUACUUUUGCAAGGAUUCCUUACAAAUAGAAGACAUCAAUAUUAUCAAAGAUGAUGAUAGAUAUUAAUUGAAAAAAGCAAACAGCCUAACCUAAGUUUCUGUAGAUGUAAGUGCAAGUUUGUCCGUCUUAUUUAACUAUGUCUGGGGAUGUGUGAUGUUGGCCUGGUGAAAGCCCCGGAGAGGGUUUGGAAAAUCAAUGAAUGAUGAAUGGAUGACCUCUAAUGUUAACUUGCAUCAUACUGUAGCUGCCAUCGUACACUGUAAAGCUUUGGCUUUGUCAACUAGGAAGAGGAAAAAGGUUUCCAUAAAUUGCCUAUCAUUUCUGUAGUUUCCAGUAGACGUUUCUCCAUCCAUUGUUGUUACAUUUUCACAACUGGUCCAUAUUUACUUCUGUGGGACACAAACAAGGAUUCAAGAGGAACAGUAAAAUGGCUAAAAUGACAUGUGAAGAAGCAACUGCUGCUCCACUAUAUAGACAUCAGUGAUCCCUCUCAUGGUCUGCAUACAAUAAAGUUGGAUAAAAUGUCAAACAGAAAACAAGAGGGGGAAAAUAAAUCACGUUUGGCUUUUUGGCUGAAAACAGCAAUAUUGUUCUUCUGAUGUAUCCUCAGAUCAUCUCAGUUACAUCUAUUAGCUAACAUGAAGACACAAGUCGAAGGAAGCACACAAGUGAACAUUUUUGGUGAGAGGUCUGCAUGUCAGUGUCCUCAUGACAUUUAAAUGGCAAUGCAUCAUUUUCUCAUCUGCUGAACAUUUUUGGUGAGACGUCUGCAUGUCGGUGUCCUCAACACAUAUCAAUGGCAACACAUCGUUUUCUCACCUGGGGAAACCUGUCAGUGACCUCAUGGGAAAACUUCAGCACUGUGAGCACGGCAGGACAAUAACUCAUUUAUGACUCUUCUGUACUUGCAGUUAACUGCACAAUGUGAACACACAAACACGCACGCAUACACAGAAAGUUGAAACAGUGGGAUGGAAAACACCAGCAUUACGCUAGCAAAGGACAAUAAAAGGACCACGUUUGCAGAGAAGAAGAUUUAUGCAAAAAAAUUAUAUAUAUAUAUAUAUAUAUAUAUAUAUAUAUAUAUAUAUAUAUAUAUAUAUAUAUAUAUAUAUAUAUAUACACAAAGUAAUAAUAAUAAUAAAAACACAAUUUUUGAUAGUAUCAUAGAACUGUGCUGGGAUAAAAUAUAUUUUGUUUGUCUGCUCUGCCUUGUGUACUCUGUCCCUUCAUCAUCCAACGUAUCCCAUUGCAACCUGUUGAAGAUAGUUUGUGAAACAUUAGAGGAAGUUUUAGAAAUGGGAAAUUUAGCAAUACUUACAGCAAUCCUGCUAUUUUUUCUUGUGCAAUAUAAAGAAAAUGUCAACAAUUGUAGAGAAUGUUAUUAAUGAGAAGUGUAUUUAAAUGUUGCCGUAAAGCUAGUUUAUUAAAAAUGAUGAGAACAUGGUUCAUGUUGGGGCUUCCUAUUUGUCAAUUUGAA